CGCGGCGCUGCGAGUCCGGCUCUCGGCGCUCACCGGGGUCCAGGCGAGCCCCGAGCGGCUCGGACCAAUCCAAAGCGAUUAUGCAAGACGGCGGACCAAUCAGCUCCGCCGGCUCAUGAAUAUUCAUAGGCUUGGCUGAGUCAAAGCUUUUAGGCGAGUUUGUGUAGAUCUCCAGCAUCAUGCUUAGACUUUUCAAAGAGACAAACUCCAUUUUCUUAUGAAUGGAAAGUGAAAAACCCUGUUCCGCUUAAAUUGGGUUCUUUCCUGUCCUGAGAAACACAACAGACCCCAAAAAGGCAAGCUGAAGAGAGAACACACACACAGACCAAGCGACAAGAAAUGACCAUGACUACCAUGCCAGAGAGUCUAAAUAGCCCCGUCUCAGGGAAGGCUGUCUUUAUGGAGUUUGGGCCGCCCAGCCAGCAAAUGUCUCCUUCUCCCAUGUCCCACGGACACUAUUCCAUGCACUGUUUACACUCCGCGGGCCACUCUCAGCCUGACAGCUCGUACAGCACAGCUUCGUCCUUCUCCCGACCGCUGGGCUACCCCUAUGUCAACUCGGUCAGCAGCCACUCGACCAACCCCUACAUCAGUUCAGUGCAGUCCUACCCCAACAGCUCCAGCCUGACUCAGACCCGGUUAGAGGAGACAGGGGCCGAAUCGGAGAAAAGCACUGUGGUAGAAGGAGGGGAAGUUCGCUUUAAUGGGAAAGGGAAAAAAAUCCGCAAACCCAGGACUAUUUAUUCCAGUUUGCAGCUGCAGGCUCUGAACAGGAGGUUCCAGCAAACUCAGUACCUGGCUCUCCCCGAAAGAGCCGAGCUCGCGGCCUCUCUGGGACUCACCCAGACCCAGGUGAAGAUCUGGUUCCAGAACAAGCGCUCCAAAUUCAAGAAGCUGAUGAAGCAGGGAGGGGCCGCCCUGGAGAGCAGCGCCCUGACCAACGGCAGGGCUCUCUCGGGCAGCUCGCCCCCGGUGCCCCCGGUGUGGAACACCACCUCCGCCUCCGGUAAGGCCUCGUCGGGGACCCCGGGCACCUACAUCCCCAGCUACACGUCGUGGUACCCUUCGGCCCACCAAGAAGCUAUGCAGCAGCCUCAGCUGAUGUGAUUACACACCCGUCCAUCCCCUACCGCAAGCACUAUCGGUCCCGAAAAGAAUUAAAAUCAUCAC